AUGCAGCGAGAUUUCUUGGGACUCAUGGCCAAGAAGAUGUUUCAGGACCGGUCCUCCCCCGUCCCAAAUCCAGGCUGCGAUAUGGGAGGAACCGCCGUCGGCCUACUUAUCUACCUGCUCCGCGGGCAUCUAUUUCAUGCUUGCCGGAUCGAACUGCCCCAUUGGACAGGGUUGGGUGACCCAGAUGCUCGCCUGGAGGGCGACUAUAUGUUGGACUGGGUUGAGAAGGUGGCAAGAGAGGAUAUCACGUACGUGUAUUCUACUGUGCACCAACUUGUCAGAAAUGACUUUGGUAGCUCAAUUCGUGGUAAAGGACUCAGUUAUAUGUACGAGCAAAAAGAGUCUCAGGCACUCCGUGCGGUUUAA